CUACCACACGGACAGAUACGUGAUAAUGAUGACGAGCAAGGUGAUGUGCCUAAAAAGCAAAAAUAUCCGUAUGGCGUCGGAUUUAUCAUUGGAAAUGAAUUUUGUGAAAGAUUCUCAUAUUUCGGAGCUAGAACAAUUUUGAUCAUAUACUUUACAAAAAUACUCAAAUACCCUGAUGACUCCGCGAUUGACUAUUACCAUAUAUUCACCAUGGCCUGCUAUAUGACCACGAUCAUCGGCGCAAUUAUUGCCGAUACACUGUGGGGAAAAUUCAAGACAAUACUUUAUCUGUCAAUCCUAUACGCUAUUGGCAAUAUUGUAUUAUCGUUGGGCGCCUACGUUGAAAAAGAGUACCUAUGUCUCAUGGCUCGGAUUAGUGUUUAUCGCGUUUGGUACGGGUGGCAUAAAACCAUGGUAAUUAUCAAUCUUAAAACUGUUGCCGCAUUUGGGGGCGACCAAUUUGGCCCGGGUAUGGAAAAGCAGCUAGAGAAAUAUUUCUCCCUAUUUUACGCGGCUAUAAACGCCGGCGGAUUUUUGUCGACUAUCGUGACCCCGAUAUUACGGGAAGACGUAAAGUGUUUCGAUAGGGAUUCAUGUUUUCCGUUAGCGUUUGGAGUGCCGGCUAUACUGAUGGUGGUGGCGCUCGUGCUGUUUAUCGCCGGCAGGUUUAUCUGCAAUUAUAAUAUGAUCCCUCCCAAGAAGGAUAGUGUCAUCGUGCAAACAUCGUUGUAUAGAAAAUUGUUUACACGUCGACCAAAAAGGGACCACUGGAUAGAUUACGCUGAUGAUAAAUUUGAUGCACAAACAAUAACUGAUAUUAAAGGGCUGAUGAGAGUGUGCUUUCUAUUUAUACCUUUACCUAUAUUUUGGGCACUGUAUAAUCAACAGGGUUCAGUAUGGACACUACAAGCUAUUAAAAUGAACGGCAACCUAUUUGGUUCAUACACAAUCAAGCCUGAUCAAAUACAAGUGAUAAAUCCCGUGUUAAUCAUUGUAUUUAUCCCUAUAUUUGAAUACGUCAUCUACCCAUUAUGCGCAAAAAUGAACUUGCUCAAAAAACCACUUCAACGCAUGGUGUGCGGGGGUGUUUUAGCGGCAAUAUCUUACGUGAUAUGCGGAUUCAUACAGAUAUGGGUGGAAACUAAGCCAGAUGGUACCGUGAAUAUAUUGUGGCAACUGAUCCCCUAUAUUGUGAUAACCGCGGCCGAAAUUAUGUUCUCGAUCACCGGUUUAGAGUUUUCGUAUCAACAGGCACCGAAAAGUAUGAAAUCAGUAAUACAGGCUGUUUAUACGACCACGGUAGCAUUUGGGGAUAUUAUUGUCAUUAUCAUAUCGUCCGCGAAGUUAUUCGAAAAGGAGUCAAACACGUUUUUCUUUUUUGGCGGUUUAAUGGUUGCCGAUAUGAUUGCCUUUGCGAUUAUGGCCUAUUAUUACGUGCCAUACAAACAACCUAGUCCAAUUAAUAAUAGCGAUAGUGAUGUUGAUGAUAGUGACAACUCGAAGGAUUUCAAAAAGAAUUAGCAAUAAUUUUAUUUUAUUAUGUUUAACUUUACCUUAAAUUUUAUUUAUUCAUUAAAUU